AUGGACGCCUCCUCCCUCCGCAUCUCCAAGUUCGAUGGAACUAACUUCCACGCCUGGAAGUUCAAGAUGCAGAUGGUGCUGGAGGAACGGGACCUAUGGGAGGUCGUCAGCGGUGAGAUCAAGGCGGAACAGUGCGAGACUCAGUUGGACCAAGCGACGUACAAGAGGAAGUCAAGAAAGGCGAUGGCAGUGAUCUGUCUAGCCAUGGAAGAUUCCCAGCUACCGUUGGUCCGGUCGGCAAGUGGUGCAUGCGACGCAUGGUCAAGGUUGGAAGACCACUUCGAGAAGAAGAGUCUUGCCAACAAGCUGUUCUUGCGCCGUCGCUUCUUCACGACAAUGAUGGAAGAAGGCGACGAUGUGCUCGAACACAUCAACAAGCUCAAGACGCUGGCGGAACAGCUAGAAGCGGUGGGGGCUCCAGUCUGCGAGGACGAUCUGGUGAUCACACUCCUCGGCAGCCUGAGUGACUCGUAUCAAUUCUUGAUCACAGCUUUGGAGUCGCGCUCAGACACUCUUAGCUGGGAGCUCGUGACGUCUCGACUGCUUCAUGAAGAAAUGAAGCGGAAGGAGCAAGGAAGGAAGUAA